AUGAGGACGUUUCAUUUUCCAACCAUGUCCAUAUCGUUGUGGUCAAUAUUGAAUAGAUUUAACACCGAUAAAGCUGCAUCGUACAGCCGCCUAUCUACCGGCACUGGACACUUUCGUAUCACUGUUUGGGAUCCUGCGUUGAUUGUUGCUCAAAUAGCGUCUGUCCAAUGUCUUUACUACUUCACCAUGUGUGUUUGGAUCACUAUUAUCAGCUAUGUGGUUGGCACUUCAAGAUCGUUGGACAUCAUAUUUGAAUUCAAAGAGUUAAGCAAGGUCAACAGUGAAAAAUUUGUUAUCGCAGUGUUUGCAUUGAAUGCACUUAGUGGGGCUACAUUCAUUUGGCGCAUUGUUGAACGAUAUCGAUUGUGUUUAGAUUUUUCUUGUACGAUACACACCAUACACUUGGCAGCUUGUAUUUGGUAUAACAGAACAUUUCCUACUCCAUUUUGGUGGUUAUUAAAUGCUUCAUGUGCAGCAAUCACGUGUAUAUGCGCCGAAUUUCUGUGUAUGCGGACAGAGUUAAACACUAUACCAGUAAAUAGUGGACAGACGCCAAAAGUUGAUUUGUAA